CACAUCCGGUCGAUACCGAAAGGAAACAUGUUCUCCGGUCAACCGCAGCCGGUUGCACCUACUCCGGGAGUCGCCACCAACUCCGCCGCCGUGCCCAUUACAAGUACCAUCUUCCGCCGCGCCGCAUCGGCACACGUCCAAGGUCCAACGCCCGAGCACCAAACCCCUCCCACUAAGAGCCCGAAGCCGCGGCCCGGGCGAGGCAUUUCGUCGAACACCGUGGCCCCAGUCGCAGCCAUGCUCCUAGCGAAGCCCCGCCCCUCCCUCGUCGCCCCCUCUACGUCGCUCCCGAGGUCCGGCCCGGCCGCCAACCGCGUCGCGCCCCUCGCCUCGUCAUCCUCCUCCCGCCGCCGCGGGGUCCUCCGCGUCUCCGCCGCAUCGGUGGCGGCGGCGCAGCCCUCGUCGCCCCCGGCCGCGGCCGCGGCGGUGAGCCGCGUGGACGUGCUGUCGGAGGCGCUCCCGUUCAUCCAGCGGUUCAAGGGCAAGACGGUGGUGGUGAAGUACGGCGGGGCGGCGAUGAAGUCGGCGGAGCUGCAGGCGUCGGUGAUCCGCGACCUGGUCCUCCUGUCCUGUGUCGGCCUCCGCCCCGUGCUCGUGCACGGCGGGGGGCCGGAGAUCAACUCCUGGCUGGCGCGCGUCGGCGUCGAGCCGCAGUUCCGCAACGGGCUCCGCGUCACCGACGCGGUCACCAUGGAGGUCGUGGAGAUGGUGCUGGUCGGUAAGGUAAACAAGCAGCUCGUCUCUCUCAUCAGCCUCGCGGGGGCAACUGCCGUCGGCCUCUGCGGCAAGGACGCGCGCCUCCUCACCGCGCGGCCCUCCCCCGACGCCGCCUCCCUCGGCUUCGUCGGCGAGGUGUCGCGCGUCGACCCUACAGUGCUCCACCCCAUCAUCGCGUCCGGCCACAUCCCGGUCAUCGCCACCGUGGCCGCCGACGAGACCGGGCAAGCCUACAACAUCAAUGCCGACACGGCGGCCGGGGAGAUCGCGGCGGCGGUGGGCGCCGAGAAGCUGCUGCUGCUCACUGACGUGUCCGGCAUACUCGCGGAUCGCGACGACCCCGGGAGCCUGGUGAAGGAGGUCGACGUCGCCGGGGUGCGGCGGAUGGUGGCCGAGGGGAAGGUGGGCGGCGGGAUGAUCCCCAAGGUGGAGUGCUGCGUCCGCGCGAUCGCGCAGGGGGUGCGCACCGCGAGCAUCAUCGACGGCCGCGUCCCGCACUCGCUGCUGCUGGAGAUCCUUACGGACGAGGGAACCGGCACUAUGAUCACCGGCUAAUGCUUAUAGACUUCUCAACUGCAAAACACAAUCUGCUGACGCUGGAGCAGGAAGCGCGAGGUCCAUCCGACGACCCGAGACGAGUGCAGUUGCUUGAGCACUGCGGCUGGUCUAGAGUUCAACCCCGGCUGUCAAAGAACCGAACGUAUAUGGCUCCAAGGAUUGAGCACACA